AUGGCUUCUGGAGCAUUGGUGUGCUGCCUGCAAGGCCCCCAGUUUUUGUCCAGGUCCAGAGUUGGCCGGAGUAGAAGGGUUGUUUCUGCGCGUGGUUCGAGUGAGCAGCAGAUAUCCGUUCCCAAAAUUCCGAAAAAACCAUCGGAUCCCUUCCCAGGUCGCCUUCUGACGUUGAUUACGUAUCUGUGCGUGUGUUUGUUCCCCCAUUUUCGAUAUAUAAUCCGCCAUCCCCUUGGGACUAUCUUUCUUGAUCCCUUGGACAGCGACUGGCUGAGAUGUGAGGUUUAGGGGGAUGGUGAAAUAAUGCCUGUGGUCGGAGGUGUAACAUGGCGUUUACUUUCCUAUGGCAUGAUAAUUCCUCCGAAUAAUUGAUUAGUUGCAUCGCAUGAUCGAAGCUCAUGGAAUGGUAGUAUUCUUGCAUUUAUUUUCUCUUUGGCGCGAUUAUGCGUUAGGUUUAUCAACUCUUGACAUGGGUAUGCUUUUUGUCGGUAGAGCAGUUUCCUGUGUCAAUGGAUGCGAACGCGUGAGAAAUUAGCUUCGACUGUAGUUGGGAAGUAUGUGUCGACGAAUUUUUCAUGCCGGGGACUAAUAUAGCUUGUUUUCUAGAUAAAGCUACCGAGAUUUAGCUUCAAAUUUUGGUUGAACAGUGGAGAUUUGUUAGAAGGAAGUUUUUAUUUUUCCAAUCCCAAGUUGAGUUGUUUAAAUAUGAGUUCCGACUUUGUAGGCCUAGAAUCAUAAUUUUUACAGAUGAUGAGACGAGCUCAAUCCGGUUCAUAACUUAAAAAAUGAUAUGUUUUAGUACAUUUUAGCUUAUGUUACGGUUUUUUAGAAGCUUAGCUAAGUUUCUUGAUCUUCGAUUGAUCCAAAUAUUCCUGUAAUGUUAUUCACAAGUCCUUCAUUAAUAUUAUUUUAUUCGAUUUAUCGUCUCCUUUCUUUUGGAUCCCCUAGAAGGUGCACAUUUCUCUAACAUGAUCAUAUUUUCAGGAAAACCGGAAGCAGACGUCAUUGUGAUCGGUAGUGGUCUUGGAGGACUGUGUUGCGGAGGACUAUUAGCCAGAUACAAACAAGAUGUUCUUGUUAUUGAAAGUCACGACAUUCCUGGUGGUGCAGCACAUUCAUUUAAAGUCAAAGAUUACAAAUUUGAUUCAGGUCCAUCCUUAUUCUCUGGCUUUCAGUCAAGAGGUCCUCAGGCUAAUCCGCUUGCCCAGGUGAUUUUUUUGUCCAUAAAUUCUACUUUUUCUAUGUCUCAAGGUAUAUAAUAAUUUUUCUGCACUGGAAAGAAAAACUAUGAAAUAUUUUGAGUUGAUACAUAUCAAUGCAUGUCGCUAAUGUAGGCAAAUUCCAGGUUCUGGAUGCACUGGGCGAGUCAAUUCCAUGCGCUUCUUAUGACUCUUGGAUGGUUUACAUACCUGAAGGCGAAUUCUCAUCAAAAAUAGGCCCCACAGAGUUCAAGAAGGUCAGUUUAUGCACCUAAUCAGGAACGGACCAAAAUGCGUGCAAAAGUUGGUCUUUCUAGGGACCAGUAGGUUGGUUUUUAUGCAAUGUCUGAACAUAGACAAUCAGUAAAAGAAGAAAGUUUUGAAGAAUGUUCCUUGAUCUUGAAAAAUAGGUUAUUCUUUACUUUGAUUUUUGUAUCUGUACUACUUUACGAAGUAGAAUUAAAACCCAAGGAGAUGUGUGAAAUUGAUUUAUAUAUAUAUAUAUAUAUUUUUUCAUGAUCAUUAUAUAGAAAAUAAGUUUCCUAUUCCCAAGGACUAUGAAUUUUUGUUUUGCAUGGCCUGCUUACGUUAUUGUAUUUGUCAUCUUUGGUCAGGACCUUGAAAAGUAUGCGAGUCUGGAUUCUGUACGCGAAUGGCAAAAACUUCUUGUGAGUAUUAAAAAUUCUUCAAUAAGACUUAUCGGUACCUGAGUUAAACAUGCCCACUGAGUUGCUGAUUCAAUCCAACUUGUCUCGUCUUUUUUUCCAUCUCUAGUCACUUAUACGACAUCAAGAAAGAAACAAUAAAUUUCUUCAAAGUAACCGUUUUAGAGAGGUGCUUCGAUGUUGGAGGCAGAUCUCUCUCUCUCUCUCUCUCUCUCUCUCUCUCUCUCUCUCUCUCUCUCUCUCUCUCUCUUUCUCUCUCUCUCUCUCACUCUCUAUCCAUCCAUCAUAUCUCUCUAUCUAUCUAUGUGUCCCUUUAUCUAUCUAUCUACCUAUCUCUCUCUCUUUACAUAUGUAUAUUUAUAUAUAUAUUUCACUUUCACAUGUAAUAGCUCAUUAUUUUCUCCCUACCUCUUCAUAUGGAAAAAAGUUCUUACAAUCAUGUUUCAGAAAGUAUAGCUACUUCUAUCUACCUUAUGAAGGCAAAAAUGUAACCUGUGGUAUUCUCGCUGCCAAUGUGGUGACCUUUUAAUCCUAAUAUUUCACUGUAGCCAUUAAUUCGACUUUUUCCAGUCAUGAAAUUGACAUUUAUAAUAUUUCACUAUAACAUUCUGUCCAGAAAGAAAAUGGUUUAUAUUCAUAUGUCGACAACGCCCUAUGAAAUCGGAUUUCUGAGGUAGCUUCCAUAUUCUACUUCAUUUAAAAGUGAAUGAGCAAAGCCAUUCAAACCAUUGGAUGGUCCUCUCUAUACUUCGAAGUCAUUUAACUUUAGUUUGGAUCAUUAUGAUUUGGAACCCCAUACUCAUCAGAAUCAUAAAACUCUUCUCAGCACGCGAUGAUCGGAUGAUAAGUUUUCCAUUAUAAAGUUUUUAUUAUGUUUGUUUGAAAGUGAUCGAUAGAUUUACUGCUGGAUUAUUGACCGUGGUUUCUGAUAUUUCCAUGAUCAUGUCUGUGUUCGGACUUGUUGUCUCGAUGUCAUGUCGUCAUUGUUGAAACAAGCAGUCCUAACAAACACGGCCACCGCAUGGGGUGACCGUGAUUUAUGAUUCCUCUAAAUAUUUUUCUUCAAUUAAUUCAUAUUUUCUGCAGGAUGGAAUUCUCCCACUGUCUACCGCUGCCAUGGCUCUACCACCUCUAGCUAUUCGAGGGGAUUUGGGCGUCCUAUCUACUGCAGCACUUAGAUACGCACCGUCUCUUGUGAAUUCAUUCAUUAAGAUGGGACCUCAAGGAGCUUUAGGAGCUACCAAGCUUCUUAGACCUUUCUCGGAGAUCAUGGAUUCACUUGCGCUAAAAGACCCUUUUGUUCGGAACUGGAUAGACUUGUUGUGCUUUCUCCUUGCUGGAGUGAAAUCCAAUGGUGCAUUGUCUGCUGAAAUUGUGAGUAUGACAUUGUGUUUUCAUUGAAAAUUUAUUUUAGUUGGUGCUAUUUUGUGUUUUUUCCGUGGAGAGACGCAUGCAAUUCCAAUCAACGGAAAAUGAUGAAUGCUACUGAAGAUACUAGCUGCUUAAUAUAUACAAGCUCACAACUUGAAGGUUGCACUCUGAUCUUUAAUGAUGGAGAUAUUCGUUUCUGCAUAUCAUUUUACCUAAUGCAGGAAACAUACAUUUGAGUGCGAAAGAGAUGCACUAAUUCACGUAGUAUGAUUCCAUAAGAUAGAUGCAUAUAAUUUUACUGUUAUCAUAAAUUUAUUACAUUUUAACUCUUAUAAUGAGCAAUCAUAAAAGUUUAUUUUUAUUCAUAGUUUUGCUUAAACCUGUCCAAGAACUUCACAUUUUAUUUCGGCGCAUUUCCAGGUGUACAUGUUUUCAGAAUGGUAUAAACCCGGUUGUUUACUGGAAUAUCCUCUUCAUGGAACUGAGGCAAUUGUAGAAGCCCUUGUACGAGGGUUGCGAAAAUUUGGUGGAAGGAUUGCAUUAAAUAGUCAUGUUGAAAAGAUCAUAGUAGAGAAUGGUCGAGCUACUGGAGUGAAGCUUAGAAGUGGUCAAGUAAGUUGCUUAAAAAGUGUUUAACUUCAUUGGUUUGGAUGAACUAUCAGCGUCUAACGUUCAAUGGCAUAUUUUCAGAUUAUACGUGCUAAAAAAGCUGUUGUUAGCAAUGCCUCUAUGUGGGAUACUUUGAAUAUGCUGCCACAAGACGUCAUUCCGAGUUCGUAUCAGAAUAGCGUCAAAUCCACCCCACAAUGUGAAUCAUUUAUGCAUCUUCACCUAGCUUUUGAUGCAAAGGUGAGAGCAAAGUCGACUACUUGUGCUUUGAAUGUACCUGCUGUUGGCUUACUGCCCGUUUCAUAUGAUUGUUUAAUCUGCAUGGCAUACUGAGCUGCUAUGAUCUGCAAAUCCCAUUCCGUUUUUUAAGCUAGCAUUCGACUUAACUUUUAUCUGUGCUCUGUCUGCAGAAUAUUCCUGAAGAUCUGCAAAUCCAUCACAUAGUUGUUAAUGAUUGGUCUAGGGGAGUGGAUGCUGAUCAGAAUGUAGUCUUAAUCUCCAUACCUAGCGCGCUUAGCAAGGACCUGGCACCACCUGGGAAACAUGUUCUGCAUGCUUAUACUCCUGGGACAGAGCCAUUCAGCAUCUGGGAAGGACUUGAUCGUAGAAGCUCUGAGUACAAAAAACUUAAAGCUGAACGGUCUGAGGUAACCCCCGUGAUCAUUGCAUGCUAAUUUCAGUCUUUCUUUGUCAGUCUUUUUCUCGUGAAAAAAUAUAAAGCUUUAAAAUAAUGCACAUUGAAAUCAUGGGUUUAAUGAAAAAGGUUGGGGCCUUCUUGGGGUAGACUUCAUCACUUUAGUUUGAAUGUGUGGAUGUUGCUUUGAUUCAAGUUUCAUAAUAAUCCAUGGAUAACCGCAGGUGAUUCAUGAUGGAAAAGAAAAGAAACUCGAGGAAAACCAAUGAAGGCAUUCGUUUCUAUCGGUUUUUGUUCUUAUUAUCUUAAAAUGCCAGCCGUAUUUACUUGUCCCCAUAAAAAUUAUGAUAAAAACUGAGCUAAAGACUGCCCAAAAGCUACCGAUGUCAGUAUGUAAAUCAAAUUGGGCUUUUUCUGACCCUUGAUAAAUGAAAAGCUGGUUCCUUGGUAGUUCCUUGGUUGUUCCUUUUCUUAGAUAGUACAAAUGUCCUAUCGAACAUUCAUGUCUGAGUCGAAUGAUCUCAUUUUUUCCCGAAAUAAUUCAAGUUCUUUGCAAUACCAGGUAAUGUGGAGAGCUGUUGAACGUGCUCUUGGCCCAGGCUUCAACCGUGAUGACUGUGAGGUUAAAUUGGUGGGGACGCCACUUACUCACCAAAGGUUUCUUCGAAGAAACAGAGGAACAUAUGGCCCGGCCAUAAAAGCUGGAGAAGCCACAUUCCCUGGCCAUUCUACGCCGAUUCCGCAGUUAUUUUGCUGUGGUGACUCGACGUUCCCAGGAAUCGGUGUCCCUGCAGUUGCUGCUAGUGGUGCCAUAGUUGCCAACUCAUUAGUUUCAGUGUCCGAGCACUCCGAGCUUCUUGAUGCCAUAGGGAUCUAA